AUGGUCAAAUCCAUCAUUAAGUGGUACUUCAGAAGACAUCCAGCACCAAUCUCCAGAAAGAAGUCAUGUGUCAGCACCAGUUCUGGCCACAGAAAUUACUCCCUCUAUGUCAAUAGUGUCCUAAAGGAAGUUUUUCCCCGGAGGACCAUAUCAUUGUGCACCGUGGACAUCAUGAACACCCUCAUCAACAACAUGCUUGAGCACAUUGCUGUGGAAGCCCACCAAUGGAUGCGUUCCAGAAUCUGCUGUACCCUCACGCCAGAGGACGUACAGAAGCCAGUGCAUUUUCUGUUGCCUGGGAAACUCGCUAAGUAUGCAGUGUUUUUUUGGAGUUGA